AUGGCCACCGUCUCAACCAAACCCGCAACCGCAAUCUCCCCCUCCUUCAACACAAUGUCCCAGGACAUCUCCCGCGCUAUCAUGUCAGCCUCCUCGCAAACGCAGAAAACGCGCUCAACCCUCAUCGACGGCAUGCCUCCAGCGCCGCCUCCCUCCCCGGUCACCUUCGCCAAGAAGGGCGCUUACGAGCAUAUUCCCAGUUUCAAUCUGGAGUGA